UUAGCAAAGUUGGACACGUAAUUCCCCGUGGUCGAAGAGAAGAAGCGAGAGAGAAGACCAUGAUUCUCGAUCCGACUUCUCGUAAUCUCGCGAGCGUUUCGCAGGGGAUGCAGAUGAUUCGAGGCGGGUAUGAUCAAGACCGCCGUGUUCUUGCACCCGUUUCGGAAGGAGUGCUGCCGCUGGCUUCCGCGUUGGAAGCCCACUCGAGCUCUCUGCUUCAUAGUCUCUCUCUUCUCGAGGACAAGGUUCGUCAAGUCCAAUCGCUGGUCACCUGGUCUCAAGGACAAGGUUCCUCCGGUCGAGGCCGGCCCGAGUCAACGUCCCUGGCCUUAGCUGGCAUCGGAAGCUUGAUCCAAGAAAUCAUAGGGACCGCAACAUCUAUGAUGUUCUCUUGCCAACAGAUGACACUUCUCGGUCCCGCUAUGCCUUCAGGUACUAAUACUGAUACCGAUAACGAUAACGAUAACAAUAACAGCAACCAGCCUCUUGUUCAUGAGCCUAGCUCUCUUGACUGGUAUAGCGCAAGCAGCUUUGUCGAUUACAACGGUAAUAAUGAAAGCAAACCGUCGGCAAGUAUUGCGAAAAAUAGCGGGUCGGAUCAAGGAAUGAGAGAAUUGCCUCAAGCGGGUCGCCAGAAGAAGGAGAUACCACAAGCCGAACAUGCGUUGAGUGGCGCUAGUUAUGAUGUCGUCGAACUGAACGCCGAUGAUUUGUUGGCGAAGUACACGCACUAUUGCCAAAUCUGCGGGAAAGGGUUCAAGCGGGACGCGAACCUGCGAAUGCACAUGAGGGCUCACGGGGACGAGUACAAAACCAGCGCCGCUCUAUGCAACCCCGCCAAGAAUACUGAUAGCAACCGCGACAAACCGAACGGUGAUCAAGAGUGUUUGAUGGGAUUAAGGCCGAAGAAGUACUCCUGCCCACAAGAGGGCUGCCGGUGGAACCGGAAGCACCCCAGGUUCCAGCCUCUGAAGUCCAUGAUCUGUGUCAAGAACCACUACAAGAGGAGCCACUGCCCCAAGUUGUAUGUGUGCAAGAGGUGCAACCGGAAGCAGUUCUCGGUGCUGUCCGAUCUGAGGACGCACGAGAAGCACUGCGGGGACGUCAAGUGGCAGUGCAACUGCGGGACCACCUUCUCGAGGAAGGACAAGCUCAUGGGCCAUGUCGCUUUGUUCGUCGGCCACUCGCCUGCCUUAUCGCUCGACUUGAUGAACCCACCAGGACUCAGAGCUCAGCAGAUAGUUGCACCCAACAUCAUGCAAUUAGAUGGAGAUGAGGUUUGGCUGGUGUAGUCAUGCAGCGGAGACGCCCGACCUUGACCACCCGAACAUUCUCCGUCGGCAAAAAAAGGAUCAGAACCGACACGACAAACGGUUCAUACAUGCACAGGAUCAUCCGACUCUUCUGCGAUGAUAGAAUUCGUUUGGAGUUUGCGGUUUCUGCUGUUUUUGGAUCAUCUCUAGAAAUGGGACCGUUGGUGUCAUGUAUGAUCGACCGUUAUGCUUUCUCUGUAGAUUGCAAGAAACAACGUAAGAUUGCUGCUAGAUGCUUGAGGGCAUGAUACUUGUUGGAUCUUCUGUAAUAAUACGGACCCCCUUCACUUCAGUUUCCUUUGGGAAGAGCCACAAACUUCAUACCUACCACAUUUGAAUUUCAAC